ACCCAUCCGGAGUCGGUUCAUCUUAAUCCUAGAAGAGGGGUUGUGCGAGGAGAGGGCGAAGCGGAGGCGAAGCGAAGAUGAUCGAGGUGGUGUUGAACGAUCGGUUGGGGAAGAAGGUGCGGGUGAAGUGCAACGACGACGACACGAUCGGCGACCUCAAGAAGUUGGUGGCGGCGCAGACUGGCACCCGCGCUGACAAGAUCCGCAUCCAGAAGUGGUACAACGUCUACAAGGACCACAUCACCCUCAAGGACUACGAGAUCCACGACGGCAUGGGCCUCGAGCUCUACUACAGCUAAAAGGGUCGGUUGGUUGAUCCGAGUGCGCGUAGCCCAACUAGAUGAGGGCAUCAAUCUAUCUAUCUUUCAUAUAUACAAUAGCUAUGUUGGUACAAGUACAUUCUGACUAUUUAGUGUGCUGCUGGUCAGUCUAGAAAUGUAAUAAUGGCUUAUGAAACAUAUGUUUGAUGAUAAUAUAUGUUUGGUAUUUGGUUUGCUUCUUGA